GUCUGGUCAUAUGGAAUUGUGAAACUGAAGUAGCUUUAAGCCAAGAAGCACCAGUCUUUAUUAUUAGUCUGUCUGAGUCACCCUCUCUCGAGAGCCCACCACCAAGAACACGAACACAAAAUUGAAAGUAGAGAAAAGAAACAAUCUUGCAUGUCAAGAUCAAGAAAUGUACUUUCUCCUUAAACCCACUCUCUCCCAAUUCCCCAUUCUUUUUCUUCUUCUCACCACCUUCACUCUAACAGAGGCAUAUGAUUCUCUUGACCCUACUGGAAAUAUCACAGUCAAAUGGGAUAUUAUAAACUGGACGCCUGAUGGCUAUAUUGCUGUUGUUACAUUAUACAACUUCCAGCAAUAUCGGCACAUUCAAACGCCAGGGUGGACAUUAGGAUGGGCAUGGCAAAAGAAAGAGGUAAUAUGGAACAUGGUAGGAGGUCAAACAACAGAGCAGGGCGACUGUUCCAGAUUCAAAGGGAACGUUCCACAUUGCUGUAAGAAAAUUCCAACAGUUGUGGAUUUAUUGCCCGGAACUCCUUACAAUCAGCAAAUUGCAAACUGCUGCAAAGGCGGUGUAAUCAGUUCAUGGGGACAAGAUUCAUCUAAAGCAGUUAGCGCAUUCCAGCUUAGUGUAGGUGCAGCUGGAACCACAAACAAAACAGUCAGGUUGCCCGUAAACUUCACCUUGGAGGCACCGGGACCUGGUUAUACAUGUGGGCCAGGGAAAAUUGUUAGACCUACUAAAUUUUUCACUGCUGAUAAAAGAAGAGUGACACAAGCUUUGAUGACGUGGAAUGUUACAUGCACAUAUUCACAGUUCCUAGCUCAAAAGACCCCUACUUGCUGUGUUUCACUCUCAUCAUUCUACAAUGACACAAUAGUUCCCUGCCCGACAUGUGCCUGUGGCUGUCAAAGCAACACUUCUCUGUCGGGAGGUUGUGUGGAUCCGGACAAACCACAUUUAGCGUCAGUAGUUUCAAGUUCAGGGAAAAUUAUUCCCGCACCUCUUGUUCGAUGCACACAUCAUAUGUGUCCAAUCAGAAUUCACUGGCAUGUUAAAGUUAACUACAAAGAAUACUGGCGGGUUAAAAUCACAGUUACAAAUUUCAAUUACAUUAUGAACUACUCGCAAUGGAACAUGGUUGUGCAACACCCCAACCUCAACAAUUUGACUCAGAUUUUCAGUUUCAACUACAAGUCAUUGACUCCUUAUGCAGAUAUAAAUGAUACAGCUAUGCUAUGGGGCAUUCAGUACUACAAUGAUAUGCUGAUGCAAGCUGGCCGGUCUGGUAAUGUUCAGUCGGAGCUGCUUUUCCAAAAGGAUAAAACGAGUUUUACCUUCGAGAAAGGUUGGGCUUUCCCUAGGAGGAUCUACUUCAAUGGUGACAAUUGCGUCAUGCCACCUCCCGAUGCCUAUCCCUGGUUGCCAAAUGCUGGAUCUCGCCAUCUUACAUCGCCACUUGUUCUGAUCAUCGGUUCGCUCUCUGCAUUGGCUUUCUUGAAUCGAUAUCUGUAAGCUCACUUAUGCGAGCUAAAAGCUGCCCCAAUCUUCGAAUUUUGACUGGCUCUCUUAACCCGGUAUUAAUCGGAAGUAAAUUGGAAAGUUAGGUUUGUUCUUCCGAUGGCAUCCGGCAUUUUAAGGUUCUCUAUUAUUUAUUAGCCAUGUAGUUUCUGUUUAAUGAAAUUUAUGGAUUAUUUUGCUACCAUUUUGUGGCUUGUAGCUGUUGUCAAUGUACUUUCUCAUCUUCAUUGUAAAUUUUUCUCAACA